GGAGCCACAGGUAGACUAGGAGACAGAGGAUCCAAGGGAGAACGGGGGGACCCAGGGAUACCUGGAGCGAGGGGAGUCCAAGGAGAGAGGGGAAGGACAGGAGACCCAGGAAUAGUGGGACCUAUCGGGCCCCAAGGCCACCGAGGAGACCCUGGUCCCCCAGGUCCCAUAGCAUCACCAAGCCCUCUGAAUGAUGCCAGUUCCAUGGAGGAAAUUAAAAUGUUUAUCCGGAAUGAAGUAUUGCGGUUGUUUGAAGAGAGACUAUCAAGCUAUGCCAUGCAGAAGACGCCGGCGGCCAUUUUAGCGGCGCAGGUUCGACAGGGUUCUCCCGGUCCCCCUGGCAACGACGGAUCCCCAGGGCCUCCAGGGGAAGAAGGCCCCCCCGGCCCUCAAGACAAAUGAAGAAUUGGGAGGAGAAUAAGAGAAAGUAAUAUCAGUUUGGACAGAAAAGAGCACCACGAUUGAUACCUCACUCCCCUCAACUCCACGAGAAAACAAAGCUCUGGUAAAAUGUAAAAGGAAAGGAGCGAGGGAGAGAGGGUGGAGAGUGGACAUCCUUUGUCAAACCCUGGGCAACUCUCUGACUGCUCAGCUCACACAAACAACCUCCUUCAUCAAUAACGACUCUCUGACUGCUCAGCACACACAAACAACCUCCUUCAUCAAUAACGACUCUCUGACUGCUCAGCUCACACCAACACACUCCUACAUCAAUAACAAUUUGAUUUGCUACCUCUAUAAGACAUUGAAUAGAAUGACCUAGCAUGCUGCGCCCACUGUGCAACCUCUUCUAGUUCCUGUUGUAAGAGCCAUGCAGGUUCUAGUGAAGAAUUAUACUGCUAAAUAUACAGUAUAGGUGCUUUGCGGUUCCAUGUAGAUCCCGUUUGAGAUGUUUAUGAAGAGAGUCAUCGAUUGAACCCUUUUUGGUUCAAUAUAGUACCAUCUCUUCUAGCAGUGUCAUGUGUCCUAAUGUGUUGGUCCUUAUGUCUUAGAGCAGGGUUGGGCAGCUCCAGUCCUCCAGGGCCUGGUUAGUCACACACUUUUUCUCCAUCCCUAGCAAACACAGCUGAUUAAUCACCUGGCAUUCUAAACUGAAGAUCAUGAUCAGGUGAUUAUUAGAGUCAGGUGUGUUAGCUGGGGCUGGAGCAA